AUGCAGCUCGGACCUACCCAUUUUUGGUUAAGACAGAGGGAAGAAGUUCGCCGAAGCGAUGGGAAGGAAGACGACGAUGGAAGCGAUCUUGUCAAUCAAGACACAACCCCAACGAACGCACUCAAGCACUUUUUCGACUGCCUCGAAGAGAUGUAUGGUGUUCGGAUCAAUAUCAGAUGA